CCAGUUUGCUCCUCCUCCUCCUCAUUCAAUCUAUGGACAGAGCAUUUCCAAGUCGGAGCCACUUUUAUCAAGCUGCUCCCAUUCCCUCCUGCUUUUAUUCUGGAUACAAACCUGCAUGGAUCGGGAAUACCCACAACCAACACAGCCACAAAGUUUGGGCUUAAAAUCUCUGGAGCCAAGGAAUUGUGCUGGAGCCAACUCUUAUGGACCUUGGGUGCUGUAUUCUCCUAGGACUUUAAUCAGGAGCUCCGUUUAUUUGGCACCAACGGGAUAUAAAUGCAUUUUUGUCGGACCCCUCGGUCAUAGAAUGAACACGCACAACUGGAGUCUCUGGAUUUACAUAUGAAACCGGCAUUCUUCCAAGAGAAAACAGGGUAUAAUAAAAGCAGAUAUAUCCGGGUUCCCUGAGGAGGCUGAUUGCACUGAACUCUUCAGCACCACGGACAGACACAAUCUCCAGUUGUAUCAGCUCCAGCACCACGGAGAGCUCCGCUCAUUCAGACUAAUGGACAGCAGCUCUCUCAGCACUUAACAAGCCUCCCUGCACCCUUAUAAAAAAUAUAAUGCACCCUGCCUGGCUAGUGCAGGCUUCCUCACGCUAGCGACCCCCAAGAGCUUGUUUUGGCCAACACAUUUUCAAACAAAUUACUUUGGAAUAAAUGUGCUGCAUCUGGACACAGCAUGAAGAACUGUGUGGGAGGAACGUUGUCAGUCAGGCACAUUCUGUGCUGGAUCAUCACAUGCACAACAGUGUCGUGCAUGGAGAGAACAAGAACGCACGCAGAGGAACGACUCUUCAAACGUCUGUUCACUGUCUACAACCGAUGGUCCAGGCCCGUCCCAAAUACCUCAGAUGUCGUCAUUGUCAAAUUUGGCUUAUCUAUUGCCCAGCUGAUAGACGUGGAUGAAAAGAACCAAAUGAUGACAACAAAUGUCUGGCUGAAACAGGAGUGGAAUGAUUACAAACUGCGGUGGAACCCGGACGACUAUGACAAUGUCACCUCAAUCCGAGUUCCUUCGGAGAUGAUCUGGAUUCCUGACAUUGUACUGUAUAAUAAUGCAGAUGGGGAAUUUGCAAUAACACAUAUGACUAAAGCUCAUUUAUUCCACACCGGUAAAGUGAAGUGGUUCCCGCCAGCCAUCUACAAAAGCUCCUGCAGCAUCGACGUCACCUUCUUUCCCUUCGACCAGCAGAGCUGUAAGAUGAAGUUCGGCUCAUGGACUUACGAUAAAGCUUGGCUUGACUUGGAGAGCAUGGAGAGGAAUGUGGACCUGAAGGACUAUUGGGAGAGUGGAGAGUGGGCCAUAGUCAAUGCAGUUGGAAAGUACAAUUCUAAAAAAUACGACUGUUGCACUGAAAUCUACCCGGAUAUCACUUAUUACUUUAUCAUCCGGAGGUUACCUCUGUUCUACACCAUCAAUUUAAUCAUCCCCUGCCUUCUGAUUUCUUGCCUUACCGUGCUGGUCUUUUACCUUCCAUCGGACUGUGGGGAGAAGAUUACUCUCUGCAUCUCAGUUCUUCUCUCACUGACUGUCUUCCUCUUGCUCAUCACAGAAAUCAUCCCUUCCACUUCACUGGUUAUCCCAUUGAUUGGGGAGUACCUCCUCUUCACUAUGAUAUUCGUCACUCUCUCCAUUGUUAUCACGGUCUUUGUGCUCAAUGUCCACCAUCGAUCCCCUAGUACUCACAAGAUGCCACUUUGGGUACGUUCAGUGUUUCUGGAUCAUAUACCCAGGUGGCUGUUUAUGAAGCGGCCUCCUGCACCUGUAGAAGAAGUUAUUAGUCAAUAUGACACACCAGAACUCAAGCUCAGCACAUCCAAGUAUUGGAUGGAAACCAAUGUGGAUGACAAGUGGGGGGAGCCAGAGGCAGAGCUUCAGUCUUGCCAUGUUCGUCAUACGACCACCCAUAACCAAAACCUCCAGAAUCGAAAUGAUUAUAAUCAUCAUGUCUCUGCGGGGCAAAGUCAAACUCCUCGUCAUAAUAGCACAGAAACCACUGAAUCCAGUUUCUUGUUGUCUCCAAGUGUCUUGAAAGCUUUAGAAGGAGUGCACUAUAUUGCAAAUCACCUCCGAACUGAAGAUGCUGACUUCUCUGUGAAAGAGGACUGGAAGUAUGUGGCGAUGGUAAUUGACAGAAUAUUCCUGUGGAUGUUCAUCAUUGUCUGUCUGCUUGGGACAGUUGGACUUUUUCUUCCCCCUUUUUUGGCUGGAAUGAUAUAGGACUCUACUACUAGUGUGCUAGACAUCAGUCUUCUAGUUAUGAUCAGCAAGAAGACAGAUGAAGCCAUUGCUCUCAUCAUGGACACAGGGAGCAUUAGAAAUAUGUGAAAACUCUCCCUUUGGAUCCACCUUGGAGAUGCAACCAUUAGCACAGCUUUCCUUCAUGAACACAAGAGAAGAUUGAUCUAAUUUAUGGAUUAUUCCUAAUAUUUUAUUACAAUUAAGUAGUUUUAUGACAUCCCUCAUGUUAAAAGGUUUGGAAUGUGGGAGCUACGGCGAAAGUAAUUGAUGCAUCGAGAAAAGAAUUGGGAUUAUUUUUGAAUACCAUGUUUCCUAGGACACAAUGGAAACAAGUGUUUAAACUGGAGAUACAGUAUGCCAUUUAGUAAAAUUAUAUUCUCAUUUGCACCCCAAAAAUCAAAAGCAGGCUUGAAUAUACUGACAUCAGGUAUAGUUUAUUAAACAAUGUCCUUUAUACGA